AUGCAACACAGAUCCUUUAGAAUUGAUGAUAUUUUAGGCGAAGAUCUUUCCAAAGAGGCAGCGAAAGCGAAACAGAAGGAGGAAACUUCGCAAACCACUGUCGCUCGUAGACCGAUUUUGUUGCCGAGGGUGCAACCUAUGAUUUGGGGACAACAGAUGGGCCAUUGCUGCAGUUCGCUGCAUCCAAACUGUUCCAGUCAUGUUAGCGAGCCUAGCGCAUUCUGCCCACCGUGGUAUUACGACAGACAUCUUUAUGCUUAUCAGGGUAAGAUAUUUAAACACUAUCACCUCAAUGUUUCUGAUUUAUAGUGGUCCAUCUUCGUAUCUGUACUUAAACGUGGAAACCCGAUUGGUAAAAAAAAGCCAAGCCCGCUCCAGCGCAGCUCCCUGCCGGAUAGUUCAAAAGGCAAAGCUAAAUACUAUCAAGAACAUCAAUACAGCAUACACUAACAAGAAGACGUUAAAUUAAGCAAGCUUUGGCGGUACAUUUUGUUCAAACAAUUUUCACACAAACAAUGAGAACUGACUAGUCACGGCUUCUCUGAAAUGCGUCGUCAUUUCAUGGAAUUCAAAAAAGUAGGAUGACAAAGUUAUGAGGUAGGCUAAUUCAUGAGAUCAGGGCAGGAGAUUUGACCCAGUUCAUCGGUUUCUGAUAGUUAUUCAUUUUUCUUUUUUACAGUUCAUUAUAGAUAGACUAGGGUCUCCAUGGGGUGGUAGCUUUGACGGUUGACGAUUAUUUUUCUCCAAUUUUGACGGUUGACGGCUAAAUUUUAGAGCUUUUGACGGUUGACGGUUAGUUAGUGAAAAUUUGGUCCAUAAGUUAAAGUAAAUAUUAAGUUGUGUGUGAAUUAAUAUUAACUGUUGUGUUUUGGAGCCUGUCUUGGCCUUUCACGUAUAAAAUAUCGAAACAUUUUCAGGAGAAAACAAACUUGUAAGGUCUUGUAAUGUUCAGAGAGAGUGUUUUUGAGAACAUGGUACGCGGUUUUUCAAGUUGGAGAUUCUUCAGGAGCCAAAAGUCCGUUAAGGACGUGAAGAUCAGCUGAAAUAGUGAGACUUUGAAAUACCUUGAAACGUUUUGACGGUUGAUCACCCUGAAUUUUGGACUGUCGACAGUAAAAAAUUACCUUUUUUUGACGGUUGACAGUAAAAUUUUAGGCCGUUUGACGGCUGACGGUUAACCAAAUUGAGCCCCUCAUAGACUGCAUAUGAACUAAAACCCUUAUUAUAUUCAAUAUAGUAGGCAUUGCUCCAGAGCAAUGAAGAUAGGGAUUCUUAAUGAUCAGAAAACUAUAUCAGGCGGUUUUAGUACAAUGUGAUCGAGUAAGCUUUUUUCAAACUUAUACAAUAAAUUAAACGUUGUGGGUGUAUGAUUGGGACAUAAUCUUCUUCACGCAAAGCGUAGGCUAUUACGUCAAAUAUCUAAAUGAAACUGAUCUAUCGACAUUUAGAACAAAGAUGGUUACUUGUAAUAUUUUAUUAUUGAAAUAGGAUUGAUUUUGAAGUAAUGGGCACCAGAAUACCGGGUGUUGAUGUCCGAUUUCAGUUUGUAUUAAUUACAAGCCUGGAACAAACAAGAGCUCACGAAAACCAACGAAACGGGUUGAGUUUACGCAAGGGAGAAUGAGCUUGGUUUUAGGAGAGGAUAGAUUUCUUUGAAUUAUACUGAAUUAUAACAAACUGUUCACAGCAUAGACAAAGGUUAUGGACAAAAAUUAAACUGAGAUAAUUUGAAAUUUGCACCAUGUCGCACAGAAGCAUAGGACGGGACAAGCAUAUAUAUAAUGAAUGGCUAAGCAUAGUUAGUAAAAUCCAACUAGUGGUCUAUUAUCAAUGCUGCGUUCUGAUUGGUUGAGCUACUACUAAGCUAUAUGUUAUAGCCCCCUAGUAGCNCAAGAGCUCACGAAAACCAACGAAACGGGUUGAGUUUACGCAAGGGAGAAUGAGCUUGGUUUUAGGAGAGGAUAGAUUUCUUUGAAUUAUACUGAAUUAUAACAAACUGUUCACAGCAUAGACAAAGGUUAUGGACAAAAAUUAAACUGAGAUAAUUUGAAAUUUGCACCAUGUCGCACAGAAGCAUAGGACGGGACAAGCAUAUAUAUAAUGAAUGGCUAAGCAUAGUUAGUAAAAUCCAACUAGUGGUCUAUUAUCAAUGCUGCGUUCUGAUUGGUUGAGCUACUACUAAGCUAUAUGUUAUAGCCCCCUAGUAGCGAAAAGCGCCCGCUUUUUGGCUUAGCUUUAACUAGAUAAAAUUUUUUUAUUCUCGAUAUUUUUGACCAGCUAGUUGGAUUUAACUAAAACAAUUAUCCCCCUCGUCCUAAUGGCCUCUGAGUUAAUAGCUCAUUCGGCCUUCAACCUCAUAGACUAUUGCCUCAAAGCCCAUUCGGGCUCGAGGAAUAUUUGAUAAGUAGUUUAUGAUCAUACCUUCCUUAUAUCGUAUCUCUAUAUGUCUCUUCUCAGAAAAACAAAAAACACCUGCUGGCAGGCCAACCGCGAGGGGAACCUAAUAUCGGGGUUAGAGGUUAGAGUACAGGAAGGGAACGAGGAGAGAAAGAGCUCUUCCGCUCAAAUUUGCCUGCUUUCUUGUUGAAUUUUGAUUCAGACUUGUUCGUAAUAUGCUCGCGCUCGUUUACCAGUCCUGAGAGAACCCUAACGUUCUAAGAUAUUGAAAAUCUCUGACGCGACUGUGGUGAAAGCAUAAAAAACGCUCAACUUGUGCAAAAGAAAGACACUGCUAGCAUAAUUUGCACUUUGUUGGCAGUCGUAGGCACAGAAUUGUCAUUUUACUGAUCAUGCAACCAAUUUUUUUGGCCGGAGAUCUGUAUUGCAGGCAAAUUUAAGUCUUGAUGGGACCUGCACACAGUGGCCUGUUUAAGGAAAACAAUUGAAAACAUUCUCAUUUACAAGAGCCAUAUACUAAAAUUUUUCGUUUCUAUUUGACAGAUUACCCCCAUCAACAUUUUCACCAACGAAAUCUCAUCAUGAAUGGAAAACAGCGUCGUCCUCGCACAGCCUUCUCAAGUCAUCAACUUCUAACAUUGGAACGCCAGUUCCAGGCGCAGAAAUACUUGACUCGACCGCAGCGAUACGAGCUUGCUACCAGUCUUAUGUUAACGGAGACUCAAGUCAAGAUUUGGUUCCAAAACCGCCGAAUGAAGUGGAAACGUUGCGGCAAGAGCUCCGAAGGUAGAAAAACAAGAAAGGAAACAGAUGUAUCGGAACACGAAGAUGACUAA